CUUGAGCUGCUUUCUGCUUUUGCAGCUGCCACCCGCCACCCCCUCGCCACCACUCCUGUCUGCUUAGCUAGUUUGCAAGGAGCCGCCUGAUUCUUGGGGCCUCAGCGCCAGAAGCUGCGGCAGACCCCAAGGAAGAAAAGGAAGGCAUUGGAGUCUGAGGAGCUCGAAAGAGCCUGAGCCCAGUGGAGUCUGCACCAUGUCGGCUAAAAUGAGGGAGAGGUUCGACCAGUUUCUGCAUCAGAAGAAUUGCAUGACCGACCUUCUGGCUAAGAUCGAGGGCAAGACUGGGGUGAACAGAUCCUACAUAGCACUUGGUAUCAUCGGCUUGGUGGCUUUGUACCUCGUGUUUGGCUAUGGAGCCUCUCUGCUCUGCAACCUGAUAGGAUUUGGCUACCCAGCCUAUAUCUCAAUCAAAGCUAUUGAGAGUCCCAACAAAGAUGAUGAUACACAAUGGUUGACCUACUGGGUAGUAUAUGGUGUUUUCAGUAUAGCUGAAUUCUUCUCUGACCUCUUCCUGUCAUGGUUUCCUUUCUACUACAUGCUGAAGUGCGGCUUCCUAUUAUGGUGUAUGGCCCCCAGCCCUUCAAAUGGUGCUGAAAUGCUCUAUAAGCGUAUCAUCCGCCCCUUCUUCUUGAAGCACGAAUCCCAAAUGGAUAGUGUGGUGAAGGACCUGAAAGACAAAGCCAAAGAGACUGCAGAUGCCAUUACUAAAGAAGCCAAGAAAGCUACUGUGAAUUUAUUGGGUGAUGAAAAGAAAAGUACCUAAACAGCGAACUGGAUGAAAGCCCUCUUCUAUUCCACAUUUUACUCUCCUGUUACAGCUCUGUUAUGCUGGGGACUGUGGUAUAGUAAUAAUAAUAACAUUGCCUUGGAAACCUUUUUGAUCUAUUAAAAAGGAAUGUGUUGUAAGUUUUUUGCUUACUUUUUUGCUGCUGUCUAUAUAAGCAGUGAGCAUUUUAAUUUAAAUUCAUUCAAUGCAGUGGACAGUGUUCAAAGUUUCUUGAGAAUGUAUUCUUUUCCUCUCUGAGUUGGGAAAAACAUGUCAUACCACAGUGAAUACAAAUAAAAUUAAAUAUCCCACAGGCUCUAUGCUUUACUGGCUUUUCUGUGCAUGUAUCUUCUUGUAUUUAUGGUUUGUGGGUUUUCAUGUAUUGUAUGAUUUUUGUACUAUGAUUCUUAAUGUUUUAAACCUUUUUGUGUACAUGCAAAAAAUGUUUCAAAGGGUAGAUUUAAACUAUUAUGCUAGAUAAGGUACAAUUUAACAAUAUGAAUUUUGUACCAAUGAUGUUAUUUCAGUGAUUGCCUAUGCCAUUUGUUACUGUUCUGUGCAAAAAGUGAAAGCACUUAUUUGAAUAAUUAUGAAAACCUAAUAAAAACAGCAUGAUGUCACUGGUUAGUUUUUUCCUAGGAUGACCUCUACUAAGAAUGAUGAUAUAGAAAAUGCUAGAAAAAUGGACAAUGAUAUAAGUAUUAUACAAUUAUGAAGUCUAAUGAGAUUUGUAUAGCUUUGUCAACUUAUUUAUAAUUAAUAUGUCUAGCUUUCCCCCCAAAAAAAUUAUAAAAGUUGAAUACAUGCAUAUCAAUAAUUAAAGGUCUACUACUUCAGAUAGCAAGGAUUUUCUGUACAUUUUCAAGUUUAUUCAAGUUUAUUGGAAUUUCACCUGCUGCCAUGUUUAGCCUUCCCUCAGUCUAGAUAAGAUUGUUUCUUAAGUCUUUUCGCAGAAACUAUCCCUGUUUUUUAAUUAUUUUCCUUUAAACACUAAUAAAGGACCUUUAAUUCUGA